AUGGCGUCGUGGCUACCCCAGCACAUUCAGAAGAAGCUGCUGCUUUAUGUGCUUCAGCAGAUGUCAAUAUUUUCUCAUGUAGAUGUCUCUAAUUUGGAUGUGUCCUUAGGACGCCAAUCUCAUUUCGCCUUCCGCGAUCUUAAGUUGGAUAUUGACAGCAUUUCUAUACCCAAUCUCUCCGUAACAUCUGGUCAUAUUUCUGAGCUAAAUCUAAAACUUGCUGUGGCAGGAGGACUCGACAUAGUUGGAGGAGGACUUAAACUUGAGGCUAAGUUAGAAGUGAAUAAUAUUCCCUCUCCAAAUGAUAUUGCAGCGACGUUAGCUAAAAGCGUUAUCGACCUGACUAAUUCCAUGAUGCUUCCUUUAGAUGACUCAAACGAUGAAGAAGAUGAUGCGGUCACGAAUAGUGGAAGUGAUGGAGGGGAGACGAGUACCGGCUCCCCAACACCUUCCACAUUAAGCGCUAUGCGUAAUAAAGCUCUGGUAUUAGCACUAUCAAAUCUUUCUCUGAGACUUUCAAGAACUGUUUUGUCAUUAUCAUUUUCAGAUGAGCUUACUAUUGAUGUUUUCAUUGAGAAUAUUGAGUACAGCACAAUUGAUAGUAAGGGACAUAUCAAUAUUCAAGGUAUUAAGGUAACUUUAAUGGAAAAACAAUCAUUGGUUGAUGAGGAGACGCUUUCAACUAGUUUUGAUGCAUCUCUAUAUAUGAGUGCUAUGGAUUCGCUGUCCAGGUCCAAAGUUUCAGGAUCAGAAAUGCUUAAUAAGGAACCAGUUACGUUGUGUAAAGUGGAUUCUAUUAAGCUUCUGUUUGAAGGUGUGACGUCAACUGAUGAUCUCCGAAUUAAAGACAUUGUAAUGUCAAUUGGAGCCGUCGAUAUUUUCUUUGAUGCUAUGCUGGAAAUCAAUAGAAUUAUAAUCGAAACAAUCUUGGAGAUCAUAUCUUUAUUGCAGAAGUCUGACAUGGACCCCAAACCAUCAACUAGGUUACAUAGCUACCAAAGGUUCAAAGAGGAGCAGGAAAUUGAGGAGCCCUCAACUUUUACCCAACUACAUUUGGCAUUUUGUAAUAUAGUGCUUCCGAAAGGUAUUACAUUACAAAUAAAUAAGCUGGAUUUCAAAAAUAGUCUCAACGACCAUUCAACUAUUGCUUUGCAAAGUAUUUAUUUGAAAGAACAUGGAAGGAACUUACUUACUUCAGAUAAUUACACGAAGCCUCUGAUAAUUUUUACUGCCAACGAUGUCCAAAACGAGAACAGGAUAAUAAUUAACAGCAACAUUACAAUCACAAUUACCGAAGGUUUAAUUGACGGCUUGUUAUACACCUAUAAUGAUCUACAGUCGAUUUUGAAAGCUUGGAAUAAGUUUAAGAAACCUUCAGCUUUGGUGGUCCAUGAACAAUUCACUAUUAUUAAAUCGAAGGAUUUAAUUUUUGAUUUUCCUUUAACAGAAUACAAGUUGAGAGUAAAAGUUUCUCCAGUAAAGGUAGAACUUUCAUCCCUAUCUUUAUCAACCGAUCUUAUUGUUGUUAAUUUAGGUAAAGGGUCUAAACAUGUUGAUAUAGCGGAAUUUAAUAAUUUUGUCAUUGGGAAACCGAACAAUGCUCAGUUCGAGGCAUACGAUAUUAAAUUUACGGAGAUAUUGCUUACAUCUAAAAUAAAAGGGACAAUUUCUAAUAUCGAUAUUAAAUGUUCUGAGGAUGAACUAAAAAAUGUACUUGCAGACCUGACGCCUUAUUUGGACAGGGUUAAGCUUCAAAUGGCAUCUGCAACUGAGAAACGCCAAGCAUUUAUGAACAAAAGUGUUCGUAUUAUGAGUGCAUCCAGCUUUUCUCACCGAAAAAGUAUAAUUUCAGAUAUGGUACUAGUAAUAGAAGAUGUUUCAGUUAAUUUUUCGACGUCUUCAAAAUCAGUUGGUGAACUGUCUCUAAAGUUAAAGUCAUCCGUUGUUACUUUUAAUUCCGAUAACACAAUAGUGUUCCACUCUUUGUCGGUUGGAGUGAGUAGAAGACACAUGGGCAAAGCACAGAAGGUCCUAGAUCCGAUUAGGGCGACAAACGCUAUUAAACCAGCUUUUAUACUGCAAUUGACUGAUAAAGAUAAAACUAAGGUUAAUUUUAGGAAUAUUUGUUUUUACUACUAUGCCAGAUGGCUUGACACAUUAGAAAAUGCAGAUAAUGACAAUUCUAAACAUACCAAAGUUUCGAAUGGUGGGCCGUUGGGACGUUUAGAAGUGAAGUUAUUUGACUGUGCAUUCCUGAUGAAUCCUUACAAUUUGAAUACGGCACUGCUAAUUUGCAUUAAUCGGUGCAUUGUAGAUAUCCAAUUCCCUUCGGUGAACACCAAAGUAAUAUUACGAUCUCCAACUUUAAUGCUCAUAGAUGACCGUUCAAAUAUGAAAUUGAAUGCUGCAGAACCAUGGAGCUCGGUUCCGUUAUAUUUUAGCAAAAUUGGCUUCACUACAAUAGGAAAAGCCAAUUCGAUUUCCACAACUUUAACCAAACAGGAAGAGUUGACAAGAUUAGAUAUUGAUGUUGAUCGCAUUGACCUAUCACUUUGUGCAGAUUCCUUCCAAUGUUUUGUCCAAACUUUAAUAGAUUUAAGACCACCGGUGUCUUUCCCGGAUGUAAUGAAAUACAGAACAGAAGUACCUCCUGUAAAUGUAAUGGAUGAUGUUGACGAAGAGUUCUUUACCUCAAAGCACCUCCCAGCUGUGAAUAACUUGCAGUUUGAUACCAUGAAUAUUGUUGACAAUUUUAUUGAUAAUCAGGCGGGGAGUUUCACUACUGUUCCUGUGCCAGAAGAAUCAGAGCAGUCAUCCCCGGUAGGAGAGGAGCCCCCAAUUAAUAUUGAAGAACGUUAUUUUGAGAAGCCAAUUAGUCCUCCCCAUACCGAACUUCCAAAUGAGGAAGCAGAAGUUUUACUAGAUGUAAACUUGAAUGUUCAUAAAGCUAUUGUAAAGCUCCACGACGGCUACGAUUGGAUAUAUACAAGGAAAACGAUUUCAGAUGUGGUCCACGAUAUGGAGGACGAGGUGCACAAGCAGAAAGAACCGACUAGGAUAGAAGCCAACCUAUUUGAUUCUGUUUUCCUUUACGCAGCAUCAAAUACUAAUAUGAAAAAGGUUGUCACUGAUAAUAUUCAAUCUGACAGUUGUGAUGACCAAAAACAGUCAACUUCGCGGAUUAAGCUUCGUCCUUCUGUAAGCCAUAAAGUACUGAUUGAUAUAUCUGGUUUGAAUCUACGAUUUUGUACAUUUAAAGCAGAUGAGCCUACUGAGCAAGAUACUGAUUGGUCCGCCGAUAUUUUGAACACUUGCGCUAUUGAAGUAGAAACAUUUGAGGUCAUAGAUAAUGUACCAACCUCUACAUGGAAUAAGUUCAUCACGCGAUUAAAAGAAGGGCACAAAAAUGAUACCGCAAUGCUUUCCUUGUAUAUAACACUCGUUAGACCAAUUGACUUCCUCAAAUCAACCGAACUGAUCACCACAGCUAAAAUUGCACCUUUAAGACUCCAUGUCGAUCAAGACACUUUGGACUUUUUGAUUAGGUUUGGAGAGUUCAAAGAUCAGAGAUUCGAACUCAUCUACCAGUAUCCGGAUAUAGUGUAUGUGCAAAGGUUCGAAGUCCAUUCUAUCGAUAUCCGGUUAGAUUAUAAACCCAAAAAAAUUGACUUUGUAGGUUUACGGUCAGGUCACACUAGUGAACUAAUGAACCUUUUUACUUUAGAAGGAGCCAAGCUUACUUUGAAACGUGUGGUAUUAUACGGUAUCGAGUUAGCGGAUUUGAACGCUUGCCUAAACGGUAUUUGGACGCCGGACGUCAAAAGAUCUCAACUACCUAGGGUCCUUAAGGGUGUUACUCCCCUUAAAUCCAUCAUCACCCUUGGUUCAGGAGUUAAAGCUCUUGUUACAGUACCUAUUAAGGAAUAUCAACAUGACCAAAGGCUAUCAAGAAGUAUCCAAAAGGGAGCACAGGACUUCAUAAAAACAACAAGCGGUGAGUUGCUCCGCCUAGGGGUAAGAAUGGCUUCCGGUACCCAAAUUAUUCUGGAAUAUACCGAAGAAUUAUUAGGUGGUCAAGGGCACCGCGCUAGAGGUCCUCGAACCGCUUAUAUUUAUGACGAACAGUCUAGCCCAAUUUACAAGGAAGAUACAGAUCUUUUCCGCUCCCCUCGUCGCAAUCAAACCCCUUCCGACCAAUCAGAAACCUCCGAAGAGGAUUUCGAGCGCGUCAAUGUAAUCAGCCUGUAUGCUGACCAACCAGCAAACGUCCAGUCCGGGGUAAAGGACGCUUAUGGAUCCCUAGGCAAAAACUUUAAUAUUGCUUACGGAGCCAUGCGAAAAGCACACAGAGAUGUAAAGCACUCAUUCUCAGCUCAGAACGCAGCUACUGCAUUUGCAAAGGCAACUCCAAUUGCUUUUUUACGACCCAUGAUUGGGGCAACUGAAGCAUUAUCCAAGACAUUACAGGGUAUAUAUAAUCAAAUGGAUCAAGACAAUCUCGUCAAUAUGAAAGAUAAGUAUAAGCAGUCUGGGCCGAAAGCUGAAAAGCCAGCUAAGCAAUAA